ACAACAAAUGCACCUGCCUUAGGGGUGGGGGGAGCUCAGGGAGAGGAGCCAGGUGAGGGGACACAGUGGUGGCCUUGCGGUGUCCCCACUGGGGAUGUGGGUUGGUCUGGGGACACUGUGGUGGCUGUGGGGUGUCACCGCUGGGAGCAUUGGGCAAUGCUGGGGACACUGGUGGCUGUGGGGUGUCACCUCUGGACUCGGGGCCUCGGUGAUGGCCCCGGGACGCUGGGGGGGACCUGUCCGGUGGCCGGGGCGCGGUGGCCGCGUGGCUGUGCCCGGGGCCGGUGGCCGUGGCUGUUUCCUGCCAUUAAUCACCGCUAAUUGGCUUUGCCCUGGCGGGCUCACGGCGGGGGGAGCUUGGGGGGUCACGGGGGGUGUAAGAGGAUUUCCCUGCUCCUUCCUCCGGCUCGGCCAUCCCGGGGUCCCGCUCCCUGCCCGCCCGCUGCCCACCCGGCCCCGGCCCCAUGCCACGCUCCCGCGGGGACAAGGGGACCCCCAAAUACAACAAGGACACGGAGCCCCCACAGAAGGGGAAAGGGGGGCACGAGGAGGGGGAGAAAGCCCCCAAAGCCCCCGAGGACGUCGGUGUCCCAGCCCCCAAGAAUUCCGGCUCCGAGUCCCGGCACGGUGGACAUGGGCAGAAGAGUGGGAAGAAGAGUCCCGUGGACCCCUACGCUGCUGCCACCAAGACCUACUCCCCCUUCCUCAACACUGUCUUUGGCAAGAGCUGCUGGACGCCUUCAAGGAAUUCGACACAGACCAGGAUGGCUACAUCAGCUACAAGGACCUGGGCCCCUGCAUGCGCACGCUGGGGUACAUGCCCACCGAGAUGGAGCUCAUCGAGAUCUCCCAGCACAUCAAGAUGAGGAUGGGUGGCCGCGUGGACUUCGAGGACUUUGUGCAGAUGAUGGGCCCGAAGCUGCGUGAGGAGACGGCGCACAUGGUGGGCGUGAGGGAGCUCAAGAUCGCCUUCCGCGAGUUCGACAUGAACGGGGACGGGGAGAUCAGCACGGCCGAGAUGCGUGAGGCCAUCGCGGCGCUGCUCGGGGAGCAGCUGAAGGCGCAGGAGGUGGACGAGAUCCUGCAGGACGUGGAUCUCAACGGGGAUGGCCACGUGGACUUCGACGAGUUCGUGAUGAUGCUGUCGUCCCGAUAACGGAGACACCGGGCAGGAGGGGACCCCCGGAUGACCCCCCAGCCCCUGCUCAGCCCCUCCCUGCCCGGCCAACCGCCCCGAGAGCUCUGCCAACAUCGGGGUUCCGAGGGAACAGCUGGAGCGGAGCAUCUGGCAAUGGGGCAGACGCGACAGCCCCGACCCCAAGAGUCACCGGCUGUGGCGGCAGAGCCAGCGGAGGCCGGGGCCCCAAUAAACCCCUUUGACCGGA